AUGCAGAAGAGUAGAGCUGGACUCCACCUUUUCAAGAAAAGGCUUCCUGUUCAUUCUGGGGUUAAAGCUCUGCUUAAACCUGAGCCUAUACCUGGGAAAAAACAUGAUUGCAAACCAACUGACGUAUGCGUUGCCAACGGUGGUUAUUGCAUCCAAAGCAAGAAGAAAGAAGACUGCAAUGGCCUCUUUUUUCCCAAGGAAUGCAAGUCCUCACUAUGUUCCUGCUGUGUGGAAGAUAAAUGUGACAGCAAUCCAUGUGGUCCAAACUCCCACUGCCAGAGCACACCCGGCAGUUACGAAUGCGUCUGCGAUGUUGGGUACGAAAAAGUCAACGGGGAUUGUGUUGAUAUUAAUGAAUGUGACUCAGUCAACAAUGCUUGUCUAAGCAAUGAAGAUUGCACCAACGUCCCAGGGAGUUACACCUGUACAAAUAAAUGUGACAGCAAUCCAUGUGGUCCAAACUCCCACUGCCAGAGCACACCCGGCAGUUACGAAUGCGUCUGCGAUGUUGGGUACGAAAAAUUCAACGGUGAUUGUGUUGAUAUUAAUGAAUGUGACUUAGUCAACAAUGCUUGUUUAAGCAAUGAAGAUUGCACCAACGUCCCAGGGAGUUACACCUGUACAAAUGUAUGUGACAGCAAUCCGUGUGGUCCAAACUCCCACUGCCAGACCACACCCGGUAGUUACGAAUGCGUCUGCGAUGCUGGGUACGUAAAAGUCAACGGGAAUUGUGUUGAUAUUAAUGAAUGUGACUCAGGCAACAAUGCUUGUCUAAGCAAUGAAGAUUGCACCAACGUUCCAGGGAGUUACACCUGUACAAAUAAAUGUGACAGCAAUCCGUGUGGUCCAAACUCCCACUGCCAGACCACACCCGGUAGUUACGAAUGCGUCUGCGAUGCUGGGUACGAAAAAGUCAACGGGAAUUGUGUUGAUAUUGAUGAAUGUGAUUCGGGCAACGAUGCUUGUCUAAUCAAUGAAGAGUGCGCCAACAAUCCAGGAAGUUACACCUGUAUACAACGAUGCGCACAAGGCGUGACAUACCUGACCGUGAAUGGCAGAUGUGGCAAGCUCCUAAGUGGGAAUGUGACCUUCUCGGAAGCUAUGACAUUGUGUAUUCAAUUUCGAUGUACGUGGGUGAUAAUCGACGACCCCGAGGCAGUCCAAAGCUUACGGUGUGCUUCUUGA